AUGUUUGAUUCGCAUGCGUUUGGCAUCGCUGGUUCCUCGAUUUUCAGAGGCUCUCGUUGUUCCGGUAUUACGUCGCAGCACCAAAAGCGCGUCCAGCUGAGUCGCUAUAAGUUGUACCUUCAACGCUUGAAAACAGCCAGCAGUUUGGUGGACCAGCAACCGCCUCUGCUGAAUGCCAAGGCAUUGGGCGGAUUGGAUGUCCUGCAGCAGGAUGCCCGUAACUUUCUGGACCGGACAAACGAAAAUGUUCGCCUGCUUUUGAAUCUGGCGAAAAUUAAGCGCACCGGUGGCACCAUUGUCUUGGAGGGUCCACCUUUACUAUCCCGAUCGGCCCUGCCACACAUGCAGCGCAGGUUGGAUCAGCUUCAGCACCAGAACAUGCUGUUUGGUCGCCGGCUGAUGCGGAUCCACGACCGGAAGCGGGUAACUGGCCAGCGGGAGAGACCGAGCGGACAAUCGCAGAUCAGUGGCGGCGGACGGUGUCCCAGUGUGAUGACCAAUCGAUCCACACUGGCCGAGAGCGAGGUGUUCGCCAAGUACAAUGCCUGGGAUCUGGAGCUGCCCUACGAUAAUUACGAGCAGAUGAGGCUACUCCGUCCUAGGAUUGUCCUGCAUUUUGGCCUGAUGGACGGCAGGCCAUUGGGCCAGGUGGUGGUGCAGCUGUACACGGAGGCGGCGCCACUGGUGGUGCUGCAGUUCGUCCGCAGCUGUCUAGCUCAGAGGUCGCAUGAGUUCGCCGUGCGCCGGAUCUUUCCGCAUCUCUGGCUGGAGUGCUAUUUGCUGGGCAGCUGCCGGAAUCCAGCGAGUGAUACUCCCUCUUUGAGCGAUCCCAUGGAGUUCGAUACACGCGUGCUGAGUCAUGGACGCUAUGGUUACGUCUUCUCCUGCGCCAAGGAGUACUGCGUCCAUGGAUUCCCCGGUGGGGCCAUCAACUUUAGCAUCAGUUUCAAGCCCCUGCCGGUGGCCAAAGGUCAGCGGGUGGGCUUUGGUCGAGUGAUACGCGGCGACAAGGUCAUCGAGUGCAUGCAAGCCUAUGGAACAAAAAACGGCAAGAUCAGCCGGCCACUACUCAUAACCCACUGCGAUAUGCUUUAGGAGAUCAAGGGGUUUUUGGGGUGCUUCUGGACUUAUCCAGCUGAGAUUUUCAUCUGAUAUUGGAUGUUUUUCUGCUGACUAAAAUCAGAAGCCCUUCAAAUGCUCCUUGAAGGUAAAGUAUUGAUAAAAACCUGAGAUUUUGCUUCCGAAGAACAAAGAAAUGCGGCGUUCAAAAAACUGUUAAUAAAAACAUGUUUCCUGUCAAAUAUUUUAUAAGUAUGGAUUCCAAAAGACCCCCCACCAAUAAUAAAUCAUAUUUAAUUUUGCUCAACGUUUGGUUAAAGUACGAGUACAAUUUAUUUAGCAUUUGGUUAGAAAUAAGAAUGGAUGGAUAACUACCGAUGUUUCGGGCGAUCCCCAUAAACGAACAUUAUAAUCAUAUGUGCUUCUUGUAUCGUGCAUUCAAGCAUACGGAUUACGGAUUAUUAUUCUUAACAUUAUAGUUUUCCACGUGGGAUUAGUAUAGAAGUUGCAUACAUAUAUACGAGUAGUUUUAUGGAUAGACGAGUAAGAGAAGAAGCUACUCAAAUCUUUCAGCUCCAUGACAAUACGAUCCCAAACAACAGCAACAUUUAACUGGCUAAGUUUAACAGUGAUUACGUUAAGAGUAGUGGUCUACGGAUACAAUACCAUUUUGGUUAAUGUGAAUAUGAUGCAGAUAUAACGAUUAUAACUAGACUGUUUGGCUAAUACGCAGCUGAUACUUAGUUAAGCGAUAUUCUUAGGGCUUAGUUGGGUUACUCCGCUUGUUGUUGUUGAGGAUGUUCGGCUGGUUUCCUGGGGUCCAUCCUUGAAGCCGCCGGUUCCGAGGCUAACCGGAACUUGGGGGACCGCUCUACUCCGGACU